CUUACAUCUUACGAGGCCCGCCACCAGGCCCACGAUUUACCCUACUUCUAUGAUUACGUACGGAUUAUUAGAUUACAUGAGGUUUUCAUAACGUGGAGUGACUUAUUUAUUUAGAUUCAUAAUAAAAUGAUUUGUCCUAAUUAAUUACGGAUGAAUUUAUAUAGUGCUUGUUUCUAUAUCCUGGGUUAUGAUCUCUCUCGAUCGUGCACAGAAUCGUGAACUGUAAGAGAUGUAUUUUUUAACUCUCAUUUACUCAAGGCGACUGGACUAUGGCUGAUAUGACAAUGAUGAGGAGAGACAGAAUCAGUGAACUCCCUGCUGAAAUACUUGACAAGAUCAUGGGACUAUUGCCUAUUCAGGAAGCUGCUAGAAUGGCUGUUUUAUCUACCUUUUGGAAAGAUAUAUGGUUGAAUCUUACAGAGCUCAACUUUGAUUUUCGCUUCAAUUUACACAUUCAUAAGAAUUCUUCAUACCGUCAAAGUGAUACUUGUUUAUUUCCUGAGUUCUCAGUAAUCAACAAAGUUCUUAUGCAGCACAAUGGGCACAUUCACAAAUUCGUCUUUGUUUCUUACUUUCAUGGGGUUUCACUUAAAUCAUGGUCUUAUCACAUUGACCAAUGGCUCCUUCUUGUCACUCAAAAAGGCGUUGAAGAAAUAUUUCUUAGUAUUGACCGUGAGGUGGAAUAUGAAUACAUACUGCCGAGUUGCAUAUAUUCUUGCCCAACACUAAAGAAGUUGUAUAUUUCUGGAGUCUCGAUUGAACGAGUAAUUGCUCCUUGCGUGAUUCCAAACAUCACCUCACUUUGUUUAGUAAGUGUUGCCUGUAAGCCUAAUGCUCGUCAAGAAGAUCUGAAGAUUGAUCUUCCCAUGCUGGAGAAUCUAUCAUUUAUUAGAUGUAAAAACAUGAUACAUUGUAACAUUGCUGCACCAGUGCUCGGUGCUUUAGCAAUUAAAGGCCCAGGUUCCAUAUCAGUUAACUUGAACUGGAGAUCUCUUCGAACUCUUGAUUUAGAUGCCCUUUCACUCAAGAGUCUAGUUGAAGAUUUUUGUAGAAGUCUACAGCCACCAGCUCUAAACGUGGAAUUGCUGAAGUUAUCAAAUGUCAUUACUCCAAAUGAUGAUGUUUCUUCUGCAUUCAUUCAUUUGCUUAAACUAUGCCCAAAAUUGGUCAAACUUGAUAUGAACAUGCAGUUUCUGGAAGGUUUAAGAAAUUGCUUAGAGUCAGGUUCAGAACUAUCAAUGGAACUCUAUGACGUUGCUCAAACACGCAACUUGCUUCACAGUUUGAGUCUUGAAUUUGAUGAAUGUGAGAGUUGUAUGCCCUUGGUAAAGGGGCUGCUUGCCUCCUUUCCAACACUUGAGAAGUUCAUCGUGUCUGACCUCAAUUCUGGUUUUAAGCAGAAGAUUUUGGAAUUUCCUCGCGCCUCCACAAAAGUUGAGUUAGUUCUUUCCCACACUUGAGAAGAUGGGGAAUCUAAAAGUAUUGAGAAAAUUCUGUAAUUUCAACAGGCCUCCCCAAAAGUUGAAAUAUCUUUCAUUUAAAGUUGCAUUGUGCUCACUGCUCUUGCUAGUGCACUUCACAGUAUUGUUCCAUAUUCAUCUUUUGUUUAAGUCUUCUAUGCUUAACAGAAAAAACCGAGUUUAUAGUCUUUUUUGCUAUGAUUGAUGUUUGUAGCCGCAACAAGGCAUAUGCAGUUUUGCACAACUAUUCAUGAGGUUUACUUCUAGAUUUAACCUUGGUAUGA